GUAAAUAAGGUGCAUAUUAAUUAAUUUACAAAAACAGACCCAACAACAUGCAGAUUUUUAUUAUAAAUAGAAAGGGAAACACACACACGACUUGAAGAAAAACACAGAAGCAGCAAACAAUGAAGAUCAGGGUGAAGGAGUCGGCGGUGGUGAAACCAACGCCAGCGAAGCCGAGGACGACGAUAUGGAUCUCUAAUCUGGACGCCAUUUUGCCGGAGAAUUACCACACUCGUACUCACACCUUCUACCGCCCAACCCACGCCGCCGACUUCUUUGACACGGCGGUGCUCAAGGCCGCGCUCGCACGGACCCUCUCCGAGUUCUACCCUAUGGCGGGGAGGCUGAAAAAGGAUGAGAAAGGCCGCAUCGAAAUCAACUGCAACGGCGAGGGAGCGGCGUUCAUUGAGGCGGAGGCCGACGGCGAGAUCGACGACUUGGGGGACUUCGCUCCCACCCCCGACAUCUGCCUCACCCCCAAAGUCGACUAUGCUCAAGGAAUUUCCUCCUUCCCACUAUUCCUAGUUCAGGUGACAAGAUUCAAAUGUGGUGGAGUUUGCUUAGGCCUUGCAAUGGACCAUCAAGUUAAAGAUGGACUUUCCGCUUUGCAUAUUAUCACCACAUGGUGCGAUAUUGCUCGCGGCCUCGACAUCAGGCUACCGCCGUACAUGGACCGCCGUGUCCUGGCGGCGCGCGACCCGCCGCAGCCUAAGUUCGACCACGUGGAAUUCCAUCCUCCGCCGCCGCUGAAAAACCCUCAAACUCACUCCAACGUUUCCGAAACAAGAUUUUCUGUGUUGAAGCUAACGCGAGAGCAACUAAAUAUCAUCAAAGCCAGCUGCCAAGAAGAUAACGGAAAAGGCGCCGCAUACACUUCAUUUGAAGCGCUCACAGGGCAUGUGUGGAGGUGCAUUUGCAAAGCCCGUGGGCUUCCGAAAGAUCAAGAAAGCAAGCUAACCGUUAUAGUGGAUGGGCGGUCCCGGCUGCGGCCGCCGCUGCCAGCCGGCUACUUCGGCAAUGCGGUGUUCAAGGCGACGCACAUUGCUUUGAGCGGUGAAGUGGAAUCGAAGCCAUUGAAUAAAAUUCGAGAGGCGUUGGGUAGAAUGGAUGACGAAUACUUGAGGUCAGCCAUUGAUUACUUGGAGGUGAAGGGCGGGGUCCACCCCAAUAGCAGAGGUACCGGGCUUUACAAAAGCCCCAACCUGGGCAUCACUAGUUGGGCCCGACUGCCCUUUUACGACACCGAUUUUGGGUGGGGCCGCCCCUUUUAUGUUGGGCUCGGCGCCCUUCCUGCCGAAGGCCAUUUAAUUGUGUUGCCUACUCCACCCAACGACGCUUCCUUACGAUUGGCGAUCGUGCUGCCAGCCCAACAGAUGAAGUUGUUUCAGGACAUCUUUUAUGACAUUUAAUGGAAAUUCGCAUUACUUGGACUUCUCUUCCCAGACAUCAAGGGUUUAGGACAAGUUACUAUGUUGCUUUAAUUUCUGUCGGAAUAAAAAAUAAGAGACGUUUGCUUUUGGAACUCUGGCGUCUGUGACGUGUCGAUAAACUAAGUGAAAUAGAAGACAAUUGAUAAUAAAUGUAAUGAUUUAUGAGUUGUAUCAGUUUGUGGAUUGUCCUUGUCCAGUACCAAAUGUUUUGCUCGUCAAAUUUUGUGAUAGUGGGACACACUGUACUUUUAUA